GAGGAUAUCGUAUAACCAUGUUUCUGUGUAUUUUCUUUGCUCGGAGCAUCGUAAACGGUGUAGAAACUAUCAGAGAGAGAGGCACCAACAUCAAUGGACGGAACAAACUAACACGCAGACGCAAGAAGGACAACACGAAAAGUCAGUGAAUUUUAAGAGACAUCAAAGCAAGUUCGCUAAAUCGCCACGCUUCGUUCGCUUGUCCGCAAACGUUAUGACAGUUGCGUCUGAGACGGAUUCUUUAAGCCCAUAACUAUCGGGUUUAUUCUUUAACGAGCUUUGAAGAAAUCGAUGGAAUAACUCGGUUUGUUGCCGUCAAUAGACGAGAGACUUCGAUCACAUUAGGAGAAAGUUGGGUUUUAUUGGAAAGUUGUUAGUUGAGGGAAACGUCACUGUUUCUGUUGUAACAGAGAGAAAUACACCGUUAGAAGAUCUCACGUUCCACACAGGCCGUCUGCGCGUGGCUAGCAUCCAAUGUCGAAAACUUGGGAACUGCUACAAUUUCUUUAAUCUUGCGUUGAUUGCAGAAUCCAACAAGAAGAUGAAAAGAGAGAGUCGCGUGGUGAUAGCAGACGACUUUUACAUUCGCUUAUGCUAACUGUCAAAAUUUACGGUGAUUCGAUUGGUUUGUGCGAGUAGGAGGGUCCUGUAUAGUUUGACAGGUGUAUUGUGAGUAGUGAGGAGUAUUGAGAAGCUCCAUAAAACCUACUAUAGUACUACCAAACAGUCCACGGACAGUAAAAGUAAAACUCCGCAUGGUGUGCGAUCGGCAUGUUGGCAGUUUUUAUGAGCUGACUGAUCGGUGAUUAUAACUCGAAAAGUGAUUUUCCUUUAUCCAGUGACCUGGACAAUAUUUACAUAUUUUUACGGUGUUGACAAAUCAUACUUUCAAGAUUCUCGUUAUUUUGUUUUUCUGUGUAUUUAGUCGCGUUUACUUUGUAUUUUUGGGAUAAAAAAAAUACUCUGUGUUCAGGCUAUUUGAAUUUAGUGUUUUUCAUAUUCAAUUAUUGAUGGUUUGCAGUUUUAAAAAGUGAAAUUGAAAUUUGUGAGUGAGCUCUUUCAGUAUGGAAUGAACUCAAUUAUUCAUAUAAAAAGCGAUUAUUUAGCAGAAAUAUUUCCAAAAUGAUUGUGUUUUUGGUAUUGACUUUGGGCUUCAUUUUCUGCCAAGCACAAGACAAUUUUUACUUCAGUCUGUCCCCACGAGAUUUGGACGUGGUUGAAGGUACAGAAAUAAAACUGCUAUGUGACGUUUCGGAUAAACGUCACAUUGUGUUCGAGUGGACCCAGUCGGGAAAUCGCUUACCAAAUACAAGUCGAAGAUUCCAGGAAGGAAGCCAUCUUAGGAUAUUACGUGUUUUACGCGGAGAAGACGAGGGACCAUAUCAAUGCAUAGCAACCAACGAGACAACAGGUUUUUCAUUACAGAGUUCAGAAUCCAAGCUCAACAUUCAAUGGAUUGAAGAGACUGCAAUUGUGGAAUUACGAAGACCGAAACGAGAAGAGAUAAAAGUCGCAUCUGAUAUUAUUUUAAAAUGUCAAAUUACAGGCAAUCCAGAACCAGCCAUUUUAUGGUAUAACAAUAAAUUUAGACUAUUUAACACAGAGCGAGUCAAGAUUCUAGACGAAGGAAGUCGUCUUAAAGUAGUCAAUAUAUCAACCACAGAUAAUGGUGUAUAUUCCUGCCGAGCGGAAAAUGUUGCCGGAGCAGUCGACAGCGAUGAUAAUUUUUUACUCAAUGUUGAAGCUGCAAAUACUCCCCACUUAGUAGAAGACAAGUUUACACCAAAUCAACUGGUAUUAAAGAAUAAUCCAGCUAGAUUAGAUUGUGCCUUUAAAGAUGCUGCUCGUAUUGAUUGGUUCUCUAAUUAUGAGAAGAUCACCAACACCACCAGACAUAUAGUAUACAGUAAUGGUUCAUUAUAUUUCCCUAAAGUUCGAGCGAGUGACGAGGGAAGUUAUCGAUGUGAGGGUUUAAGUGGAAAUAGUAACCCAGCUCAGACGUUUACAGCUCAACUCACAUUAUCUAGUUUAGAUGACAUUAUGCCUGGUACAUUCGAGCCAAGACUUUUGGCCAAUAGUCGAUUGGUGAUACCAUUACAUGAGAGAUUUGAGUUGAAAAUUUUCCCACCAAAAGGAAAACCGAAGCCAUCUUUCCGGUGGAUCGACAGAAAUGAUCUACAGAUAAAAGACACAGGACUCAUUCGUACGGAAGGAAACAAAAUCAUCUUCGAGAAUCCACAGGAGAUUGAUUCGGGGAAUUACACACUGGUCGUCAACAAUUCUGCUGGGGAGAGAAAGAAGAGUGUCUGGGUGAUCGUGUCACUACCUGCAACGAUCAGACGGUCACCACGGUACAAGGAAGUACAGGAAGGCCAGUCCGCGGAGUUUAGUUGUUUGGUUGAAGGUAGUCCGUAUCCUGUCAUGUCUGUUUAUUGGAAGAAAGAUAUGAACUAUAUAAGUAUGAAUUCAGCUCGUCAUAGUAUAGAUCCUAUGGCUGGUAUACUACGUAUCAGAGAUGUACAGAUGUCUGAUGCUGGAAAUUACGCAUGUGUAGCCAAUACAACAGGCCAUCCUAUAGCAGAAUCUAACAGAGCAUAUCUUAAAGUCUUCAAAACCCUGAAGUUCAACCCUAAACCAAACAGUACAUAUUAUCUGGAAUUACAUACACAGAAUAAAAUUGAUUGCGCGGCAGAAGCUCAGACACCUCCGACAGUCCAUUGGAUAAAACAUGGAAACACCCAGUUCAAGUUUCCAGAUCAUAUACUGGACGAUCAGGGGGUGUUGUAUUUUAGCGAUGUUUUAUUAACGGAUGCUGGAUAUUAUUCGUGUGUUGCUACGACCAAACAGGGAGUGAUCAACGCCACCAUAUAUGUCAAAAUAGUCGAAAGUCCAAAACUUGCCAUCCACCCAGAAAAUACAACGGCUUACGAAGGUCAACAGUCGUUUUUACAUUGUGUUGCUAUUGGUGAUCCAAAACCCACUGUACACUGGGACAAAAGUGGUAGACCCAUACAACCAGACUCACCUAGAUAUAAGCUAUUUCCUAAUGGUACCUUGCUGAUUAAGACGGUACAUAUGGAAGAUAAAGGGAAAUAUACCUGCUUCGCGAAUAACAGUGCAGGCUUUGUUAAAUCUGAUAUAUUUAUAAAAGUUACUAGUUAUACAGAAAGUGAAGAAGAAGGGUUUAAUAUGAUGAAGACUAUAAUAAUAGCCGUAUGUAGCGCUGGAGCAUAUUUAGCGUUAGUCAUUGGUCUGACAGUCUUCUGUAGUUACAGACUAUUACAGCAGAGAAGGACAACAAAAGGUCUUAACGAAAGCAGCAGAUUUCCAAUUAAACCUGAGAAUGGUGAAAUCCAUAACGAACAACACGAGUUAUUGAUGACAGAACGUGAUUCAGCUAAUCCUCCUCGUCAAAUUAAAUCUCCUGUUUUAUUGUCUAUUCCAGUCAAAUCUGAAAACGGGGACAUAAAUCGUGAACAGCACGAGUUGUUGAUGAAAGAUCGUGAUUCUGGGACUCAGUUUAGAAGUGUUAGCGACAGUGAUAAUCGUUCGCAUAUAUCUGGAAUGAGUUCCCAUCCAUCCCACUCCUCGCAAUCCCAGCAAUCUCGUAACAGACGAGGCAGCUUUGAAAGGUUCCAUUUUCCACGGCAAGACUUGCAAACUCUGGGAAUGUUAGGUAAAGGUCAGUUUGGUGAUAUAUUUCUGGCUAAAGCUCGUGGUAUUAAUAUGGUGGAACAGGAGACAUUGGUCGUCGUUAAAUCUUUACUCAACAAAGAAGAUCACGCUUUCUUCGAGUUCCGACAAGAAAUGGACAUGUAUUCUAAACUAGAUCAUCCCAACAUUGUCAAACUGCUCGGAGUCUGUCGUGAAAUGGAGCCCCAAUUUCUCAUAACCGAAUACUGUGAUUGGGGUGAUUUGAAACAGUUUCUACUGGCAACAAGAGGGGACAAUGGCAGACGUAUCCCUCGACUACCCAGCCUCGCUCUGCCACAAAAACUUAACAUGUGUAGCCAAGUCGCUCUCGGAAUGGAACAUCUAUCAAAUCAACGUCUUAUCCACAAAGAUCUGGCCACACGGAACAUCCUGUUGACUUCGCGAAUGGAGCUCAAGAUCUGCAGUCUUGCCAUGUGUCACGAUCUAUAUGCAGUCGAAUAUUUCAAAAUGGGUCAAAGCCCAGUUCCAAUCAGAUGGCUUCCUCCGGAGGCGGUCCACGAGGAGGAAUUCUCAACAAAAACUGACGUUUGGUCGUUUGGAGUUUUAGUUUGGGAAGUAUUCCAUCUAGCGGAAAUUCCCUAUCGACAACAGAGUGAUGAGGAAGUGCUGAAGGGACUUAAAAGUGGAAUUCUCUCCCUUUCCUAUACUGAACAAUGUCCGAAUGUAAUUGUGGAUUUUAUAAGAAAAUGUAUGUUAGAUUGUCCGAAAGAUCGCCCUUCCUUCAGUGAUAUCUGUGUGACUAUGGGGGAUUUGUUAUCUGCGGCUUUUGACCACAAUUAAAUUAUUAUUUAUAGAUUUGAAAUGCAGACGUGCGUGUGGGUUGAUGUACACAAAUCAACAGUGUUUGAAAUUAAGUUGAGAUAGUCAUCGGCCUAGAGGAGUCACAUGACAUGAAAGUUGCAGACGUGAAAUUGAUGUAUAAGUGUGUUCUAGUAUAUGAACCAGUUGUAUUCUUGUCGGGAUAUUAUUUGCCAUGAAAUUGUCAACAGACAAUGCCCUUUUUAUUAUGUGGGCCGCGGGUCAUAAUACACAUCAUAGUUUGUCCGUGGGACCCAGUGACCUAGAACAACGUAGUAAAGGGGACACCACAAUGACCAGUAGCGAAUGGUCAUUACGUGGGGUCUGAUCACACUAUUUAAACUUUCCGUAGGACCAGGUAACCAAGUCACAUUUUAUUAUUAGAAUAGCCAAUAGUAGAAAUGGAAACUGUUUGCUGCUGGUUACCAUGGUGACAGGUAAAUGAAAGCGUUCAAGCAACUUUGUGUAAACUAUUACUGAGUAGGUCUUUCAGUGUUUGAUGUAUGUUGUGGAUCCGAGAUCUCUCUUAUAAGACAAGCUUCUCUGAAUAAUGUGUAGCAUGCGGAGCCAUGGGCCGAUUUUAAUUUCAAACACUGAUCAAGAACUGUGACCAAACACAAAAUGGAAGACGUGUAUCUACAUGUGUGCGUCAUGAAAAAGUGUUAAGAUGAAACAAUUAAGAGACAAGAAAAUGUUGUUUGAUUUUGAAAACUUCAAAUUCUUUGAAAUCCAUAUUCUUUAAUCUAGAUUUUGAGAAAAAAACAAAACAAUUUUAUAUAUUUUAUUUAAAAAUAGAUCUAUUGACAGACCAGGAGUUGAUAUUUCUCAACUUGUCGAACAUCAUGACAUAUUUAUACAGUUAGAAAUAAGCUGAAGAAAUGUUUUCAGAGGAUUUUAAAAUGAUCUGUUUAUUUCUAAAAUUAUUAACAAAAGCAGAUAAUGGACUGUUGAUCGAUAUAAUAAGAGAAAUAGACAUUUUGUUCAAAUGUUUCUAUGAAAUAUAAAAAAUACUGAGGUGUUUUUUGUUUUUGUGAUGAAGAAAGCAGUGUUUUUUAAUUGCUUGUUGAAAUAUUGUAAAUAAUUUUGUAUUAAAUGUCUGUGUUUGUCUGUUGAGUUGAACUAUUUUUUCGGUGUUUUUCCGAUUGGUACAGUGCUAAUAAUACAGCCAUGCAUUAACUUCACUUGGUUCUCUUCAAGGUUUAUUAUCUUAAUUUGAGAUCGUCAAUAUUUCCAUACGUUUGUGGAAACUUCUAAAAAAAAUUCCAUAUUUCAUUAUUUAUCUUAUCGUAAUUUAAAAAAAGAGUCCUAAGGUUAAAUGGUUUAAAAGAAUUGACGGAAGCAUUUCAUGAUUUUCACAAUCCUCUGACGGAAAUAGUUAGCUCCCCUGUUCUAAACAAUCAGAGAUGCAUUAUUCAUCUUAAUUAAAAAGAAUUCUAAAAAUUAAUGUUUUAAAAGAAUUAUCGAAAGUAUUUAAGGUUUUUUUUUAACAUCCACUAAUUGGGAUAAAAACUUAAGAAGCCUCCAACUUCUUGCAUUAUUCUAAAAGAAAUGCUUUUAAAGGAAUUUUCGCAAGUUAUGUAAUUUCAAUAUAUCUAUAAAAACUUCUUCAAAAUUUUCCAUAUUGCAUUAUUCACCUUAAUUUUUUUUGAAAAAAAAGGGUAUAAAAAUAGAUAUUCUUAAAGAAAUUGUUGAAAGUUUAUCAUGAUUUUGACUCCCAACUUACUCUAAAAGACAUGAUUUUACAGGAAUUUAAAAAGUUCUUCAUGAUUUUAACGCCCCCUCGAUGAGGUCAUCGAUUUCAUAUUCCUCUGACUGGAGUAGUUAUACGUAGCUCCCUACUCUGAACAUUCGGAGAUAUUUUUACCAUUUGGGUUUUCCAAGAUAAUAACAUACAAGAGAUCCAAGUGAAUCAACAUUAUUAAAAUGUUGCCCUGCGUGACUUGAAAUCAUAACGAGAGCAUAUACAUAUAAUAUAAUAUAUAUUAAUUAAUUAAUUAUUAUUGUUCACAUUUUUUUAUUUUUACGUCCCAAGUGCAUUUGAUCCCGACCAUGUAUGUGUAUUUAAACUGUAAAUAUAUUAUUGUGAAUGUUACAUGAAUAUAGAUGCUUAACGUAUUCGACCAAAUAAGGGCAGAUCCAGAAUUUCAGAAAUGAAUUUAAGUUUAACGUCAUACUUUCUGUGCCAGCUGGGCUGAUGAGGACGGGCAACCACUAUGCAGUGUUCUAUGAGGGAAGUGUUGCUUGUUCAGUGGCAUUUGUGUCUACUCGUUGUCGAAUCCCUACUGCCAAGGGUUCUUUUACGGGAAUGUGGGCAUGUAAAUGUGACCUUGGUUUCUCGCUUCAUCCAAUGACCAGAUGCUGCAUUCAAAGUAAAACAAGACUAAACCAUAUCAUAUCUGUUCAAAUUGGGAUUUUAUUUUCAAUGUGUGAUUCUUAGAGUAUUUGCGCUUAUUUGGUCCAAUACGGAAACGUUGCAAUGUUAGAGAAAAAUAUAUUCAUUUAAAGGAUGAAUAGAAAGCAUAAACUCUAAUGUAUUUAUAAAAUCAGAUAAACUCUACUAAUGUAUUUAUAAAAUCAGAUAAAGUAUGUAUAAAACCGCUGAUCGUCAUUUGAAAUAUUUUAAAUCCUUGCAAAAUAUAAUACUGGGUAAGCUCGAUAUUAAAUAAAAAAAAUAUCAGUCCUAAAUUCAUGGGUUGGGUAGCUGAAUGGUUAGUAUGUGCACGCUGUAUCAUAUGGUCUGUCAUUGAGUGAACUGUCAUGUUUUCAAUUCCCUGGUUGUAUCUGACAAGAAGUAGGGUUGCUUGUCCAACCUCGUGGGUUUUUUCCGGGUCCUCCGGUUUCCUCCCACUGCUAAAGCGAAUUAUUGAAAUAAAAAAAUUGAACCAUGUUAGUUUUGAAAUGAUCUAGUUUGUGUCAAGUGGACAUUAAACUCCAUUCUCUCUCUCUCCCUAAAAUGAUUCAAUUCGGUUAAGUAUUUAUAAAGAUAUGAUAAAUUAAAAAUUUUAUAACAAUCAUCAUCCACUGUUGAUGAUAUAAACAUGUUUUUUUUUCAUCAAAUUUAAUCGAAGCCUGGACAUAAUCCACCAUUAUAACUUUGUUUCUUUAAUUAAAUCUGAAAUAAUAAAUCUGAUUAGAAUUUAGAAUGGAUUACCGCGUUAAAAAUUAUAUAUUGCAUGAAAAAUAGGAAUGACGACCAGCGACUUUAAAGCUCUCCCAUCAAUGGUCAAAACCUAGUAACUCACUUUUUUUAUAUCAAAAUUGAGUUAGGACCAAAUAUUUGUAGUUACUAGGGUAUGUGCUUCCUGUUGUUGUACUAGAUAUUCCCACCUUUUGAUUUUGUAAGCAAUUACACCCAUGACACAACCUAGCAACUUCCUUCAUUUGCCUAGUAUGCCACAGAAAAACCUAGUAACUCAAUAGUCAAAUCAAUGGAUAAGCUGGGGUUUAAUAUUCAUUCAUUACGGGUUUCCUUUGUUUUCUCAAAAUAAGAAAAACGUGAGUUACUAGGUAUUGCCUUUUGACGGGAGAGCUUAGGAUGGUCAUUUGAAUGGAUGAUUUAAAAAGUUGUGCAGAUAUGAAAACUCCACAAGAGUAUCAAACCAUUUUAGGUUCCUGGAUAAUGUUGUGUGAAAGUGAUUUUUGCAUUGAUCUUGUAUAUAAAGGUACAUCACUUAGAAAAUAUUGUCUAUUAAUGAAUUAUUAAUAAAAAUUAUUGAUAAAGAGAUUGGGGUGAGACAAUGUUACAUGCCUGUAGACCUAUGUUUGUGAUUGGAAAUUAAAAUUUCUUGUCAUGAUAUUAAAAUAAAUGCUGAAAUGAU